CUCAGUCUCGUUCGACAACGUGUGCCGUCCGGUCGUCUCUCGUGCGUCGCGUCGCGUCCCGUCGAAUCCCCGUCGUCGAGUUCAAACCGAAAAUUUAACGUCGCGAUACCCGAAAUAACAAUUAUUGCAUUGAUAUUUGGACAUUUUUCUCGUUCGCCGGUCGUCAUCCAAAGGUGAAACGCGUUAUAACCGAAAAACAAACCGACAAUAUUAUUAUUAAUUUAUUACGUGUACCUACGGGUGAGUUUCGCACGUGCAGCAGACAUCGCUCGGUCAUCGUCGUCGUCCUCCGUGUGCACCAACCGGCCACGCGCUGAUAGCGGUAUAGCCGCCGCGGCCGAAGCGCAUGGUGGUCGUCGUCCGACACGAACCGUGGACAUGAACGGCGGUCGAGUGGCCAAGCGGCUGCUGGCCGUCGUGCUGGCCCUCAGCACGCUGGUCACGCUGGGCUUCUACUACAACGGCUUGUCGUCCGGCGUCGGCGUCGGUGGCGGCGGUCGCGCGGACGACCGGCCACAACCGGCCGCGUUACUGCCGGCCAUCGGGUGGCCGCAGCGGCCCGAGGACGAUUCAGCAGCCAACGACGUCGCGGCACCGUCCGGGCACAGGAAGCGGCCGGGCGUCGCGCCGCAACACCACCGGGUCGUGCCGAUGACGGCCACCGUGGACAGAGACACGUGCCCGGUUCUGGGGCUGGCCAACACCACCAUCGACACGGCGGCGGAGUUUACGCGAUUCGAGUUCCAGCCUUAUUGGAUGAAAAGUAAAGAAUAUUGGAACAACAGUUUCGAUGAACGUUACAAGAAACUCCACGAAGACGUUAUCAAUAAAAAACGACUUCCACUCAAGAUUAUCGUCGUGCCCCACUCGCACAACGACCCGGGAUGGCUGAGAACGUUCGAGGGCUACUAUCACUUGCAGACGAGCAAAGUGCUCAACUACAUGGUGGAAAAAAUGACAGUAUUAAAAAACAUGACGUUCGUCUGGUCCGAGAUAUCGUUUUUGGCGCUGUGGUGGGAAAGCGCACAUCCGACGAAAAAGAAAGUGGUCCAGCGGUUAUUGGCGGAAGGACGUUUGGAGAUCACCACCGGAGGAUGGGUGAUGACUGACGAGGCUACAACUCACAUCUACGCCAUGUUGGACCAAUUGAUCGAAGGUCACCAAUGGGUGAAGAACAACCUCGGAGUGAACAUCAAGACCGGAUGGUCAGUGGACCCGUUUGGACACGGUCCAACGGUGCCGUAUCUGCUGAAAAAGUCCGAGGUCACCGGCGGAACGGUCAUCCAGCGUUUGCACUACGCGUGGAAGGAAUGGUUUGCAAGGACGCAAAACGGCGAUUUCAUGUGGAGGCAGAACUGGGACCGGACCGGUCACACCGACACCUUGGUUCACAACAUGCCGUUUUCCAUAUACUCGAUAAGGAGCUCUUGCGGUCCUCAUCCGCAGGUGUGCAUCAAUUACGACUUUCGAAAGGUGCCCGGCGAGUUUACCGACUACUCGGAACUGGCGGUUUUCAUAGACGACCAGAACGUGAAGCAGAAGGCCGACGUGCUGAUGGACCAAUACGGCCGAACGGCUUCAGUGUCGCCGUACAACGUGGCUCUGAUACCGCUGGGAGACGACUUCCGGUACGACCACGACACCGAGUGGGACCAGCAGUACACCAACUACAUGAAGCUGUUCGACUUCAUAAACGCCAACAAGGAGAGAUACCAUGGGGCGGAAGUGGGUUUCGGCACGCCGUCGGAUUUCUUCCGGGCUCUGAGGGCGAGGAGCGACGGCCAGUUCCCCACGUUGCGCGGCGAUUUUUUCGUCUAUAGCGACGUGUUCUCCGAGGGCCGGCCGGCCUACUGGAGCGGAUACUACACGACCCGGCCGUACUGGAAGGUGCUGGACCGGGAGCUGGAGAGCAAGCUCAGGUCGACGGAAAUCCUGUACACGUUUGCCGUCAACGACGCCCGGCGGAAGAAGCUCCAGACGGUCAGGCUGCUGGAGCGUAACUACGAGAAACUGACCAGGGCCAGACAGAAUUUGGCGCUAUUCCAGCACCACGACGCCAUAACGGGCACGUCCAAGGCGUUCGUGAUGAACGACUAUGCGCUGAAGCUGUUCGAGGGCAUCCAAAACUGCGCAUCGAUCCAAAGCUACGCGGUCCAGUGUCUGCUGUCCAAGGCCGGCGACUCGGGCGCACCGCUGUCUGCGAAAAUAGUCGUGCCCGACAGCGACCGACAGACCUACGACCAGCCGACGUACAGGCUGGCGUUGAACAUCGACAAGUCUCGGCCCCGAAACGUGAUCGUGUUCAACCCGCUCGCCCGCCGGAAAACUGAACCCAUCAAGGUCUUGGUAUCGGAACCCAACGUCCGGGUGGUGGACAGCGACGGGUCAGUCGUCCGGCACCAGAUAAACCCCGUGUGGAACCUGAGCGAAACGGCCGAGCAGCCGUUGACCAUGUCCAAGGUGUGCUUCGAGCUGCUGUUCGUCGCCGUGCUGGAACCGUUGAGCCUGACCACGUUUACCAUCCAAAAGGCGCCGAACCCGGAAGGCCUGGCGCUGGUCUACUGCAAAAACUGUGCCGGACACUCCGUGUUCACCGUCAACCCCAUGAGGCUCGGCGACGUCCAGCUGGAGAACGAUCACAUUCAGGUGCUGUUCGAUGGCAAGACGGGCCUGUUGACGUCGAUCGUGGACAAGGGCUCGGGCGUGUCGCAGUACGUGAACAUCGACUUCGCGGCUUACCAAGCGGCACAACUACACAGUGGCGCGUACCUGUUCAUGCCUGACCCGAACCUGCGGGACACCGAGAAGAAGGUGCUGGACGACUACCCCGGCCCGUCGACAGUGAUCAUAACGUCCGGACCGAUAUCGUCCGAAAUCACGGUCGUCUAUGGUAUAGUAACGCACAGGGUGCGACUGUACCAUGGCAAGGGUGUGGAGAGCAAGGGCCUGUACGUGGAGAACGUGGUGGACUUCAAACAGCCGCCCAAGAAUCGGGAGACGGAGCUGUUCAUGCGGUUGUCGUCGGGCAUCGCCAACGGUGAACCGGCGGUCAUCUACACGGACUCUAACGGGUUCCAGAUGCAGAAGCGAGUGACGGUGAAGCGGGUGGGCAUCGAGGGCAACUACUAUCCGACUACGACGACCGCGUACAUCGAGGACGACCGGCACCGGCUGACCGUGCUGGUGAACCACGCUCAGGGCGCCGCUGGAUGGGAGCCGGGCCGGAUCGAGCUGAUGCUGGACCGUCGGACGCUAUACGACGACUCGAGGGGUAUGGGCGAGGGGGUGGUUGACAACAAGCCAACGCUCACCAAGUACUGGAUACUGCUGGAGACGGUGUCGGACGACGGAAGCGGCUCGAAGGGCGGCGACCGGGUGUCCAACCCCAGCCUGGUGGCCAAUCAGCUGUCCGAGAGCCUGCUGUACCCGGCCGACGUGUUCGUCGUCGAGCCGGACGCCGAACACCACCUCCGCCCCGGACUGGCCAUGAUCGACAGGCCGGUACCGUGUGACGUGCACCUGAUGAACUUCCGGACCAACACCGACCCGGUGUUCCAGCAGUUCCCGUCGCCGUCUGCACUCAUGGUGCUGCACCGGAAGGGCUACGACUGCCGGGUGGACAAGGGCUACCGGAUACCCGAUUGUCAGCUCAGGCGGGACAGGGGCGUGUUCGACCCGGGCACCGCGUUCGCCGGGCUCGACCGCCUGCAGAUCGCCAGGACCACGGUCACCGGUAUGCAUCCGAUGGAAGCCGUCGACCGACUCGACCAAGUGGAGGUGGCCUCCAUGGAGUUGGCCGUGUUCAACGUCACGUUUGUCGAUUGAACGAGUCACUCCUCGCACUCGCGUUCCCACACAAUUAAUAUUAUAAUAUGUUUGUAAAUUCUGUCCGUGACCAAAUUUCUAGAACCUCGCGCCGUGUUACGAUAACGAAAACUGGUAUAAUCGACAAUAUUACAUUUGUAUCACGUACUUUUAUACAGUAUGAGCAAGGCCGUAUUUGGGGGAGGGGAGUUAAUGAUUACCUCUCCCUAAAUUGUUCUUGGAUUAAACAUCUCAUGUUCAAAUUUAUACUCAGUUUUUUUAAAAAAUAAUAUUUCAUAACACCCCAACUCUCGGAAAAUUUGUUCGGAAUGCGGCCUUGAGUACGAAUCGUUUCUGAAACCACUGCUAACUAUAAAUGUUAUGUAUUAUAAUAUUAUUACUUAUUAUAUUUUUUUUUUUUUUCACUCCAGUUUAUCGUUAUAUCUAUUACAAUACAGUAUGGUAGGUGUAUACGAUACUAUUAUUAUAUUUUAUAAUCGACACGAUUGUACAAUUAGGUAUUAAUUUUUAAGUUUCUCACGCGUCGACAGCUGGCAGCAGGUUGUUUAUGGGGAUAUGCGGAUCAUAUAGGCGCAAUUUGGACAACUGAUUUGGGGGGGAGUGGGGGAUUUAUAAAAUCAAUACAGACCCGCAUAAUUUUUUUUAUUGGGUGGACCUAUGAAUGAAUAUAUUUAAAAACGUAGGGGGGCUAAGCCCCUCUAGAACCCCGCCCCCCACCCCAAAUUUUUCCUAUCCGCACCGACACGAUACUCUUCCGUACUAGAAAAUUCGUUUUUCGCAGACACUUAGGGUGAAAACGACGCGCGAAUACGUAAUACGUUCACAAAGUUUUUGCCACGCAGAUGUGAAAUAUAUAGAUAAACGUAAGCGAUUAUAAUAUCGUUAAAUGACGUUAUCGUUGUUUGUAAAAGAAAAAAUAUAAUAUGUUAGCUUAAAACUUGUAUAACAUUAUUUUCUCGCGACAUUAUAUUAUUAUUAAACCUAUAAUGUAUAUUUUGAAUUUAUAAUUUGUUGACAAAUACUAAAAAUAUCAAAUCAAAUGUAACGCAUUAUUAUUAUUAUUGUAUGUUACGGAUAUUAUCACUGCAUAACGUAUAUAAUAAUAUUGCAUAAAUGUUGUGUAUAAUAUUGUUUUUUUUUUUUUUUUACCUUUUAGAAAUUAUGGAAAUGUUUUUAUUUCUAGUCACAUGUCUUACGCAAAACUCAACGAUAAACAUUAUAUUAUUAUUAUUGUGUAUACUGUAAUUGCCGUUCAUUUUAAAGUUAUUGUGUUUGUUUAUUAUUUGGCUAUUACAUUGGAGCAUUGGCAAUAUCAUAAUACUAUUAUUAAGUUUAAGCACUGUUUUUACGUAUUAUACUUUUCAUUUUUCGUUACGAUAAACGGAAAUUAGGUGUGUCAUAUACUCAUAUACAAAUAAGUAAUUUUUACUAUAAGUAGUGUAAUAUAUUAUAUUGUAUGUUAUUUUUUAUAAAUAUUAAAAAAAUACCCAUGUGUUAAUAAAUAUUGUUAACUUAUAUUUAGACUGUAGGGAUAUUGUGAUAUAAUAUUAUAAAUGGAUCGGUGUUUAUUGAUAAUAAUAAAA